CAGUUGUUGUUUCCUUUAAAAAAGAGACAGCCUAAGGCCAAGUGUAAACGGCUAACAAGUGUAGUUAUAUAUAAGCCAGCUCGUUGACUGAUCCAACAUUAUUCCUCUGGCCACAGUUCAAGACCUGUUGAUUACUCGUGCAAGAAAUUUAGGGAAACAAUAGGCAAAAUGACUUUGAAACACGGAGCAGUCCUGUGUUUCGCUGUGUCACUCGUCUGCAUUGUCGUCGAUGCGAGGCCGCCAGAAGAAGGUGUCAAAAGUGUGAAAGGUGUGAAGGGGUUGUCACAUGCUCCGAGAUUCAUCGAAGGAGAAUACAAGUUCAGUCACAACUCUGACGCCAGCUCGUCCUUCGCCUCGUCCCAGUCUUCGUCCUAUUCCUCUGCCAGCUCCAGUUCCGUCAAAAGGGGCUCGGGAUCCUCCGGUCAGUCGGGAAGUUUCUCCAGCUCUGCUCUCCAGUCAGAAUCUUCGGCUGAGGCUGGUGCUUCAUCCCUCUCGUCCAGUGGAUCGGGUUCCUUAAGUUUCGGAGGGCGUGAUGGAUCCUUGUCUCAUUCUGGAAGUCAAUUUGGUUUAUCCACUGGCCAAGCCUAUUUAUCGUCAGUCACCGGAAGUCAGGCCGGAUCAUCUGCAACACUGGGAACUGGAACUCUUGGAGUGACAAGUUCUGGUAACACUGGAGACGGCAGUGUCGGCGGUUCUCACCUAGCAGAAGGAAGUGCGGCUGCUAGCGGAACCGGAACCCAUGGAGCCAGUGGACCGAGUGUAGCAAGUGGCAUUGGCGGACAUGGAACUCAUGGAACCGGUGGAGUUACAGGACUUGACAGCGUAAGUGGGAUUGGAGCUCACAGGAAAGGUGGAAGCACAGACCGUGGCGACGUAAGUGGAACUAAAGUUCACGGUGUCGAUGAAACUACAGGGCAUGGUGCCACUAGUGGAACAGGAUAUCACGGGAUCCAUGUUGAUUCUGGAUAUAGUGACGCUGGUGUUAAAACAGGACUUGACGUAAGUGGAAUUGGUGCCCCAACAGCCAGUGGAAAUACUGGUGCUGUCAAGGGUGCAGGAUCUGGAGCUCACGGACUUGGUUCCGGAAGUGGUACUGAUAUUCAUGGAGUCGGCGCUAGUGGUUCUGUUAGUGUUGGUAGUGCUGGCUCCCAUGGAUCUGCAGGGAACUCAGAAGCCGGAAGCAGUGCUGGUGCUGUAUCACACGGAGUUAAAAAUGUCGGUGGAGCUAAAACUCACGGAGUCGGCGAAAGUACAGGAUUUGACUUGAGCGGAACUGGGGCUCACGGAUUUGGCAGUGAUGCUGGAGCUGGCAAUUUUGGUGUUGUAGCACAUGGAGUUGGUGAAGGUACAGGACUUCAUGCCGGAAGUGGCACUGGUCUUCAUGGAGUAAGCGCUAGUGGUUCUGUUAGUGUUGGUAGUGCUGGCUCCCAUGGAUCUGCAGGGAACUCAGAAGCCGGAAGCAGUUCUGGUGGUGUAUCACACGGAGCUGGUGGCUACGGAGUUAAAAAUGUCGCUGGAGCUAAAACUCAAGGAGUCAGCGAAAGUACAGGAAUUGGUUCCGGAAGUGGCACUGGUCUUCAUGGAGUAAGCGGUAGUGGCUCUGUUAGUGUUGGUACUGCUGGCUCCCAUGGAACCGUCGGGAACGCAGAAGCCGGGAGCAGUGCUGGUGCUGUAUCACACGGAGCUGGUGGCUACGGAGUUAAAAAUGUCGGUGGAGCUAAAACUCAAGGAGUCGGCGAAAGUACAGGACUUAGCCUGGGCGCAGCUGGAGUUCAUGGAUUUGGCGGUGAUGCUGGAGUUGGUACUGUUGGUAUUGUAGCACAUGGACUUCGUGAAGGUACAGGACUUGGUUCCGGAAGUGGCACUGGACUUCAUGGAGUAGGCGGUAGUGGCUCUGUUAGUGUUGGUACUGCUGGCUCCCGUGGAACCGUCGGGAACGCAGAAGCCGAGAGCAUUGCUGAUCUUGUAUCACACGGAGUUAAAAAUGUCGGUGGAGCUAAAACUCACGGAGUCGGCGAAAGUACAGGAUUUGACUUGAGCGGAACUGGGGCUCACGGAUUUGGCAGUGAUGCUGGAGCUGGAAAUUUUGGUAUUGUAGCACAUGGAGUUGGUGAAGGUACAGGACUUGGUUCCGGAAGUGGCACUGGUCUUCAUGGAGUAAGCGGUAGUGGCUCUGUUAGUGUUGGUAAUGCUGGCUCCCAUGGAACCGUCGGGAACGCAGAAGCCGAGAGCAUUGCUGAUCUUGUAUCACACGGAGUUAAAAAUGUCGGUGGAGCUAAAACUCACGGAGUCGGCGAAAGUACAGGACUUCAUGCCGGAAGUGGCACUGGUCUUCAUGGAGUAAGCGGUAGUGGCUCUGUUAGUGUUGGUAAUGCUGGCUCCCAUGGAACCGUCGGGAACGCAGAAGCCGAGAGCAUUGCUGAUCUUAUAUCACACGGAGUUAAAAAUGUUGGUGGGGCUAAAACUCACGGAUUCGGCGAAAGUACAGGAUUUGUUCUGAGCGGAACAGGGGCUCAAGUAGCUGGCAGCAGUGGUGAACAUGGAGGUCACGGAAUUACAGGAGUCGCCAGUGUAAGUGGAAACGGCGGUAGCUUGGGGUAUGGCAGGGGGCUAGCCCAGAGUGGUAGUGGACAUAAAGAUAUCACCACUGGAACUGGUGGCUCUGUAUCAGGUGGAGCCCACGGAGGAUUAAGUGAAGUUACUGUAGAAUCUCACGUAAAGGAUGCCGUAAUUUCUGAAGUUUCCGCUGUGGACAGUGGAAAUACUGGUAUUCCAUCCGGAAACUCUUAUGAAAUCCAUGAUGGAAGUACUUCAGGUUCUGGUCUCGAUGGAACUACCGGAGGUGGAUCAGGAAGCCCAUAUUCUGGAAGUUCUACAUCCUCAUCUCACAGCUCCUCAGGAUCUGCUAGUGGAACAGAAGAUUUCGGUACUGAGGGAGUGAAGGGUUGGAGAAGGCGUCCUGCUGGGGUGAAGGGUGGGAGGUCGAACUUUGGCUGAAGAUUCAAGAUGAUUUUUCCACGGCCUGUCCAUCUUCUUAACACUAAGAUCGUUAUUUCAUUUAUCAUUCGCUCUGGCUCUUAAUAGGAUAUGCCAUAUGUAUUUAGAUGUGUGGAAAGCCGUGUAAAUGACUAAUUUUGUUACAUUACUUUCAGUGCAUUUAUAAAUAAAAUACACAUUUAAAACUC